AUGGUCAACUCCUGUCGUGGCUCCGUCUGCUCUGAGCAGGGCUGUGGCCAGGGCUCCUCCCAGGAGACCUGCUGUGCCCCUUGCUGCCAGCCCAGCUGCUGCCAGACCACCUGCUGCACAACCACCUGCUGCAGGCCCAGCUGCUGUACUCCCUGCUGCUCUCCCUGCUGCAAGCCUUGCUGCCCCCCACCUUGCUGCUCCCCCUGCUGCAAGCCUUGCUGCCCCCCACCUUGCUGCUCCCCCUGCUGCAAGCCUUGCUGCCCCCCAACUUGCUGCUCCCCCUGCUGCAGGCCUUGCUGCCCCCCACCUUGCUGCUCCCCCUGCUGCUCCCCCUGCUGCAGGCCUUGCUGCCCCCCACCUUGCUGUUCCCCCUGCUGCUCCCCUUGCUGCCGCCCCAGCUGCUGCAUCUCCAGCUGCUGCCGCCCCUCCUGUUGUGGCUCUAGCUCCAGCUGCUGUGGCUCCAGCUGUUGCCGCCCUGCUUGCUGUAUUUCUAGCUGCUGCCGCCCCUGCUGCUGCCGCCCAGUCUGCUGCCGCCCCAGCUGCUGCAUCUCCAGCUGCUGCCGGCCCUCCUGCUGUGGCUCCAGCUGUUGCCGCCCCUGCUGCUCUGCUGGUUCUUGCUGCUGA